CGCUCGCUCGCUCCCCCCCCGCGCCAUCGGCCGCCGCUUUGUCCCGGCAGCGCCCCGGAGCCGCCGCGGAUGCUGUGAGCCCGCCGAGUUUAUUAAAAGAAACGCUUGCUGCAUUUACUGUGGAUUUGGUAUCUACACAGCCUCAGCUGUCAUGGCAGAUGAAAACAGCAUCCUGAGAUUGCAAACACUCCUGUGUGCCUGCUGCUGAUACAAAGAAAAUCCCCCUGCAAUUGCCGGGAGACACUGGCGGUUCAAGUCCCUUGUUUAUAACCUUUUUAAAACGCUGGGGUUGCUGGAGUGGUUGAAUUUUUCCUGGCUUUGAGUGAGAAAUUCAGAAGACUGAAGCCCAGGCUCACUGUCUACCUUUCACGGAGGCCCAGCCGUGAGAGGACAGAAGAAGGCACGUGGCGAAUCAUGACAGCAGACAAGGAGAAAGACAAAGACAAGGACAGGGACAGGGACCGGGACAAGGAGAGGGACAAAMGGGACAAAACCAGGGAGAGCGAGAACUCGCGGCCCCGGCGCAGCUGCACCUUGGAGGGAGGUGCCAAAAACUACGCCGAGAGUGACCACAGCGAGGACGAGGACAAUGACAACAACAGUGCCACCACCGAGGAGUCCACCAAGAAGAGCAAAAAGAAACCMCCCAAGAAGAAAUCGCGCUACGAGAGGACGGACAACGGCGAGAUCACGUCCUUCAUCACCGAGGAUGAUGUGGUGUACAGGCCUGGAGAUUGCGUUUAUAUCGAAAGUCGCCGGCCRAACACGCCCUAUUUCAUCUGCAGCAUUCAAGACUUCAAACUGAGCAAACGGGACCAUCUGCUGAUGAAYGUCAAGUGGUACUACCGCCAGUCCGAGGUGCCCGACUCGGUGUACCAACACCUGGUGCAGGACAGGCACAACGAGAACGAUUCAGGACGGGAGUUGGUGAUCACGGACCCAGUGAUCAAGAACAGAGAGCUCUUCAUCUCUGACUACGUGGACACGUACCACGCUGCUGCCCUCAGAGGGAAGUGCAACAUCUCCCAUUUCUCUGACAUAUUUGCUGCUAGAGAGUUCAAGGCACGAGUGGAUUCCUUUUUCUACAUCCUGGGCUACAAUCCAGAGACAAGGAGGCUGAACAGCACCCAAGGUGAAAUCAGAGUUGGGCCCAGCCACCAGGCCAAGCUCCCGGAGCUGCAGCCGUUCCCGUCCCCGGAUGGGGACACGGUGACCCAGCACGAGGAGCUGGUCUGGAUGCCAGGAGUGAACGAUUGUGACCUGCUGAUGUACCUGAGAGCAGCACGGAGCAUGGCAAAACGGUUUAUUAAGGGGUUGAGGCAGUACGGCAAGAACUUCUUCAGAAUCCGAAAGGAGUUGCUUCCCAAUAAGGAGACCGGAGAACUCAUCACCUUCUAUUACUACUGGAAGAAAACUCCCGAAGCGGCGAGCUCGCGCGCGCACCGGCGGCACCGCAGGCAGGCAGUGUUCCGCAGGAUCAAAACCCGCACCGCCUCCACGCCGGUCAACACUCCCUCCAGGCCCCCCUCCAGCGAGUUCUUGGAUCUGAGCUCGGCCAGUGAAGAUGAUUUUGACAGCGAGGACAGYGAGCAGGAGCUGAAGGGCUACGCCUGUCGCCACUGCUUCACCACCAGUUGUCUGACGUAUGGGCAUGUGCACAGAUAG